CGCAGUGCGCACGCGUGUCCGGCAGCCGUUGGCGCCAGAGCUCGGGCUGCGCUGCCGCCGGUGAGCGGCCUGGACGGGCGGAGCCGGGAGACCGCGGUCGUUCGCCCGGGGCUCGGUGGCUCCCGGGCACCCAGCUGGGGAGAGAGUGAGGCCCCGACGGCCCACCGGCCGCUCUCUGCACUCGGGCCCUCGGAGCCCGUGUCCCGAGCGGCCUGGGGUUGGCCGGGACCCCCGGAGGGAGAGGCCCGGGAGCCGGCUGAGGCCCGCAGGACGUACCAUGCAGGAUAGCAUCCAAUUAGCCUCUUGUGGGGAUGACAUUAAAAUCUGGGAUUCGGUUUCCAUGACAGUGGUGGAACAGUUUAACCCUCACAAGAAGCCCUGUGAAGUAACUUGUGUUUGCUGGACUGCCGAUAAUCAGCAUCUGUUGAGUUCAUCCAGCAGUGGGGACAAAAUCGUGUUAUCAUCCUGCAAAUCUACUCCUGUUCCUAUAAAAGAAUUUGCAGAUGGGAAAAAACAGACAUGUAUAAGUCUGGGUUCCACUAGCAAGUAUUUUGUAAGUGGCGGCCUUGAUAACACAGUUAAUAUCUGGGAUGUAAAGUCAAGGAGAUGUCAUAGAACGCUGAAGGAUCACAAGGAAGUAGUGACUUGUGUGUGCUUCAAUUGGAACGACUACUAUGUAGCCUCCGGUUCCUGCAGUGGUGAUAUUAUUGUACACAGUAUUACAACAAAUAUUUCCAGUGCUCCGUUUGGCCAUGGCAAAACUCAGCCAGUGCAAGACCUGAAGUAUUCCAUCUUUAAAAAAGCUUUGCUGGGAAGUGUCCACGACAGUGGGACUGUAACUCUUUGGGAUGUUAACACACAACAGGUCCACCAUACCUUUGAAAAUGCUCAUAAGGCUCCAGCUUCCGGCCUGUGCUUUUCACCAGUAAAUGAUUUGUUGUUUGCCACAGUUGGUUUGGAUAAAAAAAUCAACUGCUAUGAUUCCUCCAGCAAAAUGGUAUUGCGAACUAUUUCUGUUGAGGCUCCUUUGACUGCAAUUGGCUUUAUGACUGAUGGAGCAACUUUGGCUGUCGGAUCCAUCAGGGGCAAAAUUUAUGUGUACGAUUUGCGAGUGACAACUUCACCAUUAAAAGUUGUCAGUGCCCAUAAGAAAUCUGUGCGGUGCUUAAAGUUUCAGAAUGGUUCCACACAAAUCAGGUCAAACGGGAGUAAAAGCUUUGUAAACAGGACUUCAUCCUCGUUGUCAACUGCAGCCACAAAGAAGGCUUCUACUAAGGUAAACAGCGCUUCGAAUAGCGGCGGUGCAAAAGAGAUCCUGGACUUUGCUGCACUGACGACAGCUGCACCAGCUGUUAAAGUACCUCCUGUUAUUCCAGAAGAAAAAGGAGCUGAAGCUACCCUAGAGGGAAAAGGUCUAUCACAUAGUACCAGUUUAGAUGUUAUUCCAUCCAAAGAGACGGAAAAUACAAAAAGAGCGGAUAACAGUGGCAACUUUAAGAACCUUGAUUGUUUGGGUAGGAACAGUUUUGGAGAUGUGUUCUCACCGGUAAGAGAUGAUGUUUCAGGAUUAAAGGCAACGGAAGACUCUGUGACGAGAGGAAAUGGUUUAGGUGUUUCACCAGAAGUGAACACCAUAUUUUCCACAAGAACUAAUCCAACGGGCUCCUGUACGAAGGGAGAUGUGCACUCGAGCUCCUUGCAUGGCUUUACAUCUCCAUCCCCUGUGAAAGAACAGACUCAGUGUCGUGACAAGACUUCCAUGGUCAGCCAAAUUCAGAGUGGGAGGCAAUACUUGAAAGAGCCAGUUGGCCAGGGAAUUGAUGUGGCGAUCCAGAAAUCAAAAAUAGAGCAAAAUGGUCAGAUGGAAAGCAAGAGGUUGGAUCAGUUAAACUCUUCCAUAACUGAGUCUGGAAUCUUGGAGACGCCUCUGACAUCUUCCAUGGUGAAAACACCUGAACUAUGGGAAAGAAAAGGAAGAGAAUUUCCGUUUACCCAGGAAUCCAUUGAGCAUAGUUCUCCCAUACCUGCUGCAAAGAUAACUCCUGCUCCAGGAAUUCCUAACGCCUCUGAAAAAUUUGUGGAUGCAUUUGGAAGUGAAGGGAUUGGGCAGCAAUUAACAUCCGCUCAAGUUCAGUUAAUUAAGACCAUGAUACAUGAAACCUUGGAGGAUUACAAGGACGCGUGGCAUCGAGAUAUCGUGAACUUGCAGCUGGAGAUGAUCAAGCAAUUCCAAAUCCAACAGAAUGAAAUCCACGGUUUACUUGAAAGAUACUCCAUUAAUGAAGCUUUGGUGGCAGAAAAUGAGAGGUUACGAGAAGAAAAUAAGAGACUACGAACUACGUUUUAAGAGUAGAAUAUUGCUGAAUGCUCGCUAAAGCAAGCAAGUUUCGCACUGAGAAAAAGCAAUAACUUCCUGCCAUAACGCAAGCAUAGAUCGAGACUGACUUCAACCUCUUAAUAUUUAAUAUGUAAAUAUUCCAUAAAGCAGACCAGUAAUCUGAGUAGCUGGCCCUUUUGAUAUAAAGUGAGCCAAACCCAUUUGUCUGAAUGGAUGGAAUAAAAGUAUUAAAGGUCUUUUCAGAGGCUAAACAGUUGAACUCUGAUAAAUGUUACAACUAACCUUCCAGGAAAUGUGCUACAAUCAGGACUUUUACAUAAUAGAAUUGUAUGAAAAAGGUGUAUUGCAAAAUAAGAAUCAGAUUAAAGAUUCGAUUAGAUAUG